AUGGAUAUAGAGCCCGUAGGGGAGCACCAUGGUCGAAGUUCAAUAACGCCUCGUAUUGUUGUGGACGAGCCACCCAAAUUUGACCUCGAAACCUACAUAUCAAACUACACUGGAAGGACCAAAUUCGCUAGGCUAUACCUCAUCGGAACAUGUUCAAGUUUUCUUGCCGUUGAAGCAUUAAAGAUGGCGGUUGCUGAAGCAAAGUCAGGCAUGGACGUUAGAUGUUACGAAACUGCUGUUGAGGCGCUCAGCCAAGUUGCCCCGUCGGACAGCGAGGCUUUAUUGGACACCGAAUGGAUCAACAAUACUACUAAAGUUGUCAAGGCUGACACGAACAGGUUGGAACGUGAAUUAAAGGGCUACAAGAACAACUUGAUCAAGGAGAGCAUACGAAUGGGAAACGAGGAUCUUGGUAUGCAUUACCAUCGCAUAGGCGACCUGGCUUCCGCUUCUCAUGCAUUUUCAAGAAUGCGAGACUACUGCACAACCACCUCCCAUAUUGCGUCGAUGCUUUUUAAAACCAUAGUUGUUGCCAUUGAUCGCGCGGAUUGGCUGGCCCUCCAGGCGAAUGUUCACCGAUUACGCAGCCUCCAGUUUAAACCUGAAGAUGAACCAAAGUGUAAAGCGAAGCUCUUUGCAUCACAUGGCUUAGCACAACUUGCAGCGUGUUCUUACCAUGAAGCCGCAACGACCUUCCUAUCAACCGACCCAGCCCUUGGUGAUAAUUAUAAGGAUGUGAUCUCACCGAAUGAUGUGGCAGUCUAUGGCGGGCUUUGUGCUCUAGCGUCUAUGAACCGAACUGAUCUCGCCAAAAACGUUCUCGAAAACAAGUCGUUUCGAAAUUUUCUUGAAUUAGAACCUCACAUCCGUCAAGCCAUAUCAUUCUUUUGUGCAUCGAAAUUCCGGCUUUGUUUGGAUAUCCUAGAAGCUUAUGAAUCAGACUACUUACUUGAUUUGCACCUGCAAAGACAUGUCCGGACAUUGUACAGGCGCAUCAGGACAAAGGCCAUACAACAACAUAUCAUACCUUACAGCCGUGUCACUCUUGAUGGCAUGGCCAAGGUGUUUGCACCUAAAGAACAAAUCAGAGACGCACAGGGGCAACUCAAAUCAAGCGGUGCAUUUGUGUCUGAGUUGAUUGGACUUAUCCAGAGUGAAACUCUAGAUGCUAGAAUAGAUUUAGAAAAGGGCGUGGUUGUUACUAGCAAACCACCUAUGAGAGAGCAGCUACACGAAAAGGCGCUGGAGAGCAUGCGAGAGUACCUGGAAAAUUCGCACUUGCAAAUACUGCGCAUCAAUGUGUUUAAUGCCACGAUGGAGGUCCCGGGAGCUUCUGUAUUCGGUAGCAGAGCUGAAGCCGAGGCCAUGGCAGCUCAAGGGGCAGCUUUUGAUGACCAGGGACAACGCUUUAGUCGGAAGGGUCUUGCAGCGAAGCUAGGAUCUGCAUUCGGUGAUAGUUAA